AUGCAGAGAUUGUCGAGAUUCUCUUCAAGAACAAUCUUCUUCUCUUUCCUUAAAAAGCCGAACAAUUACAAUUGCUCGCUUCACUCUAACAUCUUCCUCCUCAUACACAAACAACACCUACACCAAAACCCCACCAACAUAUCAAACAAAACAACAAAUGGGUUUGGUCUUAUUUCUCUUCAAACCCAGCAACCGCUACAAGAACAAGACAACACAGUCGAUGAAUUUGCAAGCGAUGUCGAAAAGGUAUAUAGAUUACUCAGGAAAUUUCACUCUAGAGUUCCUAAAUUAGAACUUGCUUUACAAGAAUCUGGUGUGGUAAUGCGUAAUGGUCUGACUGAACGCGUCUUAAAUCGUUGUGGCGAUGCUGGGAAUUUAGCUUAUAAAUUCUUUGUGUGGGCAUCGAAGCAGCCUGGUUAUAGACAUUGUUAUGAGAAUUAUAAGGCUAUGAUUAAGGUUUUGAGUAAAAUGAAACAAUUUGGUGCUGUUUGGGCUUUGAUAGACGAAAUGAGGAGAGAUAAUAGUGUGUUAAUUACGAGUGAAGUUUUUGUUGUUGUAAUGAGGAGGUUUGCUUCUUCUAGGAUGGUAGACAAGGCAAUUGAAGUAUUAGAUGAGAUGCCCAAGUAUGGAUGUGAACCUGAUGAGUAUGUGUUUGGUUGUUUAUUAGAUGCAUUGUGUAAGAAUGGUAGUGUUAAGGAAGCUGCUUCUCUUUUUGAGGACAUGAGAGUGAGGUUUAGCCCAAGUUUGAAGCAUUUUACUUCUUUGUUGUAUGGUUGGUGCAAGGAAGGGAAGUUAUUGGAGGCUAAACAUGUAUUGGUGCAAAUGAGAGUAGCAGGGUUUGAGCCGGAUAUUGUGGUGUAUAACAAUUUAUUAAGUGGGUAUGCAAUGGCGGGGCAAAUGGGGGAUGCUUUUGACUUGUUGAAGGAGAUGAGGAGGAAGGGGUGCAACCCUAAUGCGACUUCUUAUACCAUUUUGAUUCAGGCACUUUGUGGGCAGGAGAAGAUGGAUGAGGCGAUGAGAGUUUUUGUUGAGAUGGAGAGAAGUGGUUGCGAUGCAGACGUUGUGACUUAUACUACUUUAAUAAGUGGCUUUUGCAAGUGGGGAAUGAUUGAUAGAGGAUAUCAGAUUUUGCAUAGCAUGAUACAGAAAGGGCAUAUGCCCAACCAAUUGACUUAUUUGCAUCUAAUGUUGGCCCAUGAGAAGAAGGAGGAGUUGGAAGAGUGUAAGGAAUUGAUGGGGGAGAUGCAAAAGAUUGGUUGCAUUCCUGAUCUUAGUAUUUACAAUGUAGUGAUUAGGUUGGCCUGCAAGUUGGGGGAGGUGAAUGAUGGUGUCGAUGCUUGGAAUGAAAUGGAAGCAAGUGGCUUUAGUCCAGGACUUGAUACUUUUGUCAUCAUGAUUAAUGGGUUUCUAGGGCAUAGAUGUUUGGUUGAGGCUUGUCAGUAUUUCAAAGAAAUGGUUGGGAGAGGUCUUUUGUCUAGUCGUCAAUAUGGAAUACUGAAGGAUUUAUUAAAUGCUUUGCUGCGAGAUGAGAAGCUUGAAUUAGCUAAAGAUCUUUGGAGUUGCAUUGUGACCAAAGGAUGUGAGCUUAAUGUGGAUUCUUGGACAAUUUGGAUUCAUGCACUAUUCUCAAACGGGCAUGUGAAGGAGGCAUGUUCAUAUUGUUUGGACAUGACGGAUGCAGAUUUAAUGCCAAAACCAGAAACUUUUGCUAAGCUCAUGCGUGGUUUAAGGAAAUUGUAUAACAGACAGUUUGCAGCAGAGAUCACGGAGAAGGUGAGGAAGAUGGCUGCUGAUAGACAGCGUGCCUACUUGCCCUGGUGUGGCAUGGAGCUGCUUCACUCAUCAAAGUAUGCUACUUACCCCUUCUCUGCCUUCGGUUUCUUUUGUGCAGAAGAGCGCUCAAACCAGACCAAGACUGGUGAAGAAUAUGAAGUGUACAUUCGUCUAUCAGAUGUACAAGAUGUUGCUUCUGAAUUCACUAGAUUUAUGGAUAGAUUUGACACUUUCCAGAGUUUGGUGCUUCUCAGGAAGCGCUCAAUAUCUCCUUUCUCUAGUCAAGUCAGCAUAUCUUUACAUCAUCUCCACUGCAUUCUCUUACUGAUUAGUGCAUAUGCAGUCAACAAUUUUUUGCCAUUGCAAAAGUCACGGUUUCUUACUCAAAUGUAUUUCCCUUUUCCAGGAUGCAUGGCUUUUCUAUUGAUCGUGGAACUGCAGAAAGGAGACAGACUAUCCAUAUUGCUGUCGUCCAAACCAUUUCGUGUUCAUGACCGACGUCUCUCGAUCAGAGUCUUGUAUAUUUAUGACAAAGUUAAUCUAUUCCGAAUUCUCCUGAUUCCUGCUUUUCUCUUACACUUCUCAGAAUUACCCUUGAUGGUAUUAUCAGAAAAUUUCCUUGAUCGAGGGAAGUCAAACUAUCCUUACUUCCUUACUGCUGUCAGGAUAAAUGGUUCUCAGAAAAGUUUGCUUUGCACUGGAUGGAGUUUAGCACUGCUCCUUCGUGACAUUUCGGGUGCUAUUAUCCCAAUACCACUUCUUUCUUGGGAGAGCCUUGGAAGUGAGUAUCAUCAAUUUGCAGCACUUCUAAGAGAUCUCCCUUGUUCUCUCCUUGCGGAUUGA